AUGUCCCCGGAUCGAAACCGGGCGGCGCUAGCUUUGACUUUUUUUUCUUCACUUGGUCUUCGAUUCAACCGCCCUGCAAUGGGUAUUUUUUCUCGUAAAUCAGUAUUCAAGGUGCCAUCAUUAUGA